CAAUAAACGCGUCCCGUCCUAAAAUAUCGUGUGUCUUAAAUUACACGUAUAUAUUCCACAAGUAAGAUAGUGCAGUUUUUUCUGACAAACAAUAAGAAUAUGAUCUCGCUUUCUUAUCGUUCGAGUACUUGCCGUGGUCGCGUCAAACAAUUUGUGAGAAACUAACAUGCCACUUGUAAUAACGACGAUCUACAAGACUCCGUCAACCCCGACGAUUUGUGUUCGGCAAUACGGGGACUUACAUGUACGAGCUGCAUAAUUAUAUUAAAUAAUGAGAAUUAACGCAACGAAAAUGACUACUCCGAUCGAGGAGAAGAUUGAUCAGAAGUUGAAGGUGAGGACAGGAAUGGUAAGUGUUAGUGAUGGGAAAAGCAAACCAGUACCAAUGCGUUUACAUUUGUCUAUGGAAGUUUUGAAACUACAAAGGGAAGAUCUAGAGCAGGCAGCGAAUCAUAACAAACCACCAUUAGAUGCUAAAGAAAGAAUGGUACAAAUUACCAGACAAAAAGUAGGAGGAUUGGGAUUAAGUAUAAAAGGAGGAGCAGAGCAUAAACUUCCUGUACUUAUAUCUAGAAUUUAUAAGGGCCAAGCAGCUGAUCAGUGUGGGCAGUUAUUUGUAGGAGAUGCAAUUAUUAAAGUAAAUGGAGAAUAUAUAACUGCAUGUAAUCAUGAUGAUGCUGUCAACAUUUUAAGAAAUGCUGGUGAUAUAGUUGUUUUAACAGUGAAACAUUAUCGUGCGGCAAAGCCAUUUCUACAAAAAAAUGAAAAAGAAGAGAAAUUAGAUAAUGUUGCAAAUGGGGGUUCAGAAGAUGAAUGGUUAUCAUCUAAUAGACAAGGUGGAAGUCCUAGAUGUGGUCAUAGUAGACAAAGCUCAAAUGCAUCUGCCACUUCAAUGCAAUCUAAAAAGUGGGUGGAUGUUAUAACAGUUCCAUUAAUGAUGGCUUAUGUAACAAGAUACAUCUUUGGAACUGAUAAAUUAAGAAGAAAUGCGUUUGAAGUAAGGGGAUUAAAUGGUGCACGAACUGGUGUAAUACACUGUGAUGAUAGUGCCAUUUUGAGUCAAUGGUUAAAAUAUAUAACUGAUAAUAUUACAGGUUUAACACAUUUACAGAUGAAAUUAUAUAACCGCAAUUUCGGGGUCGGUGAACGUAUAGAGUACAUGGGGUGGGUCAAUGAAGCAGUAAGCAAUAGUAAUCAGCCAUGGCAAAGUUAUAGACCAAGGUUUUUAGCUCUAAAAGGACCUGAUUUAUUGUUAUUUGAGACGCCUCCUUGCAAUAUAGGAGAUUGGUCACGAUGUGCAUUAACUUUUAAAGUAUAUCAAACAAUGUUUCGUGUGAUGCGAGAAUCUGAAAAUGUUGACGAAAGGCAGCACUGCUUUUUAGCGCAAAGUCCGGGUAAACCUCCGCGAUAUUUAAGUGUGGAAACUAGACAAGAACUCUUGAGAGUUGAAGCAGCAUGGCAUACUGCAGUCUGUUCAGCUGUUACGCAUUUAAAAAGUAAAACAUUUCCUGUUACUUUCAAUGGAAGAAGUGCAGGAUUAACGUUGGAAUGGACUCAAGGUUUCACACUUUCUUCUGAGGAUAUUGGAGAGAUUGUAUGGCGCUAUAAAUUUUCACAAUUGAGGGGGUCUAGCGACGACGGAAAGAGCAGACUGAAAUUACAUUUUCAAGAAUCAGAUAGUAUUGCUAUUGAGACGAAGGAAUUGGAAUGUUCUCAAUUGCAGAAUUUGUUGUUCUGUAUGCAUGCAUUUUUAACUGCAAAGGUUGCUGCAGUUGAUCCAACGUUUUUAACAUCUACAACUCCAUAA